AUGAAGAAGAAAAUUAAAAAGUUCAUCACUGAUGUUCGCUCGUCAUACCACAGAGCCACUAAAUCGUUGAACCAAUCAUUCAACAGGAAACAUGAAGGUGAACCUAACGAGUUGGCUGUCCAAAGUUCAAAAUCGUCAUCACUGCCCGGAUUAUCAUCCAAAUUAUCAUCACCAUCACCACGCCAUCAAGAUGUGAAAACUGAAUUGAGAUCGUUCAAGUCUUAUCAAUUCUUGAAUGAGUUAUCAGAUUUGAUUGACUCAUUUCCAGGAGAGCAGCAAGCCAUAGAUGAAAAUGAACUUGAUGCAACAGCUGAAAAGUCAUGUAGAAGUAAUAUCUGCUCUCAUGAAUUAGUUUUAUUUAAUUUACAUGGUGUUGAUAAUGGUCUGAUUCUCAAUGAUUUGAAUAAGAUGAAAAUAUGGAAUGUUUUAUUUGUAAGCUGCCUAGGCAGUUUUGCUUCUGGCAGGGAGACUCGCUUCUCCAUAAAACACGAGCUGGGCGGAUGAAUUUUUGCGCCUUCUUGCCAGUCGGUUAAUCUGGCCUUACUAACCACCGAAAAAUCUUUUUCUGACCCAUAUGUCACGUUUUAGAGAAGUCAACAAAAACUAAUAAAAACACGUUCAUCUACAAAAUAGUGACCAUUUUCGAAUGUUUUCAAUUGAAUUAGUAACUAAGACGACUUAGAACGUUUCAAACUAAAUAAUAAAUAAUUUUGAAAAUUUGAAAUAAAUUAAUCCAUAAAAUAAUAAUCAAUUUAUAACGAUAACGGUACAACAACAGAACGACUCUCUAAAACAAACCACCAGGACAAUAAAAACUAACGACCAACCUGGAACCCAGCAGAAAAACCACAAAAAUGUAUCUUUAAACCUUUUUUGAUAUUUAAACACAUUUAUAUAUACAUAUAAAUAUUUAUUUAUAUAAACAGUAUUCAAACAUACAACCAUACAAGAUUUUAUAAGAAACAGUUCAGUCUCAAAUGUACAUACUGACUAAACUUGUGUAUAUCACAACCAACUUGCCAGUAUUCAUACGAUAUCAAAUCAUGCUUAAACACAUGACUUAUUUGAACAAAAUUCUAAUAACAUACGCGCUACGCAAAUCUCACAAUAAAUGCUCUUUUUACUUUAUUUAAUAAUUUUUCCUACUCAAUAGGUUAGUUUUUUACUUGGUUUGCCUUUAAUAAGUUUAUUAAUAAGUUAAAAUUGAAAGAUGAUUAUUUUAAUAAUAAUAAAAGUUAUUUUAGCAUCAUUAAAAUCUACGCAUAGAGUGUACCAAUAAAUUUUACAAUCUAGGGCAUAAUAAAGUUCACCCCUGAUUUUAAAACUUAAAACAAAGGCAAUAAAAUAUACCUUUUACAAGCAGGCAGUUCGAUUUUGAAAUGCUUAUUUACAAAGGUAUGUUUACAGCGUAUUGUAAAUUAAUAAAGAACAUAGACAUCAUGUUUGGCCAAAAUCAUGGUAUAAAUAGGGAUGACUGCAUUAAACCUUUCAAAGUCUGUGAAUGUUCA